AUGGCCCUCUACGACUCUCCCAGACUCGCGCGCCCGGACGCGCGCAAGCCCUCCGCCCCUGCGCGCGCUCCAGCGGAGCGCCCGACGACGACGACGUACGUCAAAGUCCGCCUCCCCGUCCCGGUCCCGUUCUUCCUCUCAGACGCGUUAGCUCACCUGCCACGCCCCUCCUCCAGCCGCUCCCGCGUAUAUGCCCAGGCCCUCGACGAUGCCCACCACGCGUCCCACUCGUCCCUCAGCCUCUCCCACAUGGCUCACCCCUCCGCCGCCUCCGCCUCGAUGAAGUUCAACUACAUCAAGGCGACCGACAACUGGGCCAUGGCGAGCUCCACCACCUCCCUCUCCUCCUUCUCCUCCGCCUCCACCUCCGCCUCUUCGCUUUCGCUAUCCUCGUCCAGCUCCUCGCUCCCGCUCUCGUACGCGCGGCACCGCCCCGCGGACGCGGCACUCGUGGGCCAGUCCGAGCGGGACGACGAAGACGACGACGGCGACGAGUCCGAGCACCUCGAGUUCGCCCGCCGCGGCCCGGCCUCGGUCAAGCGCUCCUCCACCAUCCGCGCGCGCGAGCAGCGGAACCACCCCCACCCCCACCGCCCGUCCGAGACGCACCACCAGCACCAGCACCACAGCGUCUCCCCCGUGGACUCGCGCCACGAGCGCCAGCGCAGCUGGUCGCCCGAGGUCGAAUACCGCCGGCUGCCCCCGAUCCGCACCGUGGAGGAGCUCGCGGGCGGGAGCUCCUCGCCCGAGGCGUACGCGUACGACGACGAGCGGCGGGGCGCGCCCGUUCCCGCGCGCCCGCGCUUCGCGCACCAUGCGCACAGCUGGGUCUCGGCCUCGACGUCGUCCGCGUCGCCGCCGACGAGCCGGAGCCCGUCCGUGAGCUCGUACGGCGCGCCGCCGGAGUCGAUGGACAUGGACGUCGACGACGAGCGCGAGCGCUGGGUCAAGCGCGAGGACGCCGACGAGGGCUGCACCCUGCCCCCGCUCUCCGCGAUCACGCGCCAGUGCUCGCCGGGCCUCUACCAGCCCAUGCCCCGGCGCGCGCAGUACGACGCGCGCGCGCCGCUGAGCCCGUCCGAGGCGUCGUCCCCGAGCCACUCGCCCGACUUCCGCCCGUACUUUGCUCGCGCGCACUCCCACUCCCAGUCUCACGGGCACCCCGCCCGGUCUCUCCCCCGCGGCGCCGAGAACUUGCUCAACCCUGUUCCGUCCUCCUACCAGCCACAGCAGCAGCAACAACCCGCCUGGACGCCGGCCGCGCAGCCUGCGCCGAUCCAGAAGAAGUGCCGCUUCGUCCCUGGACUCGUCUCCGCCCCGCGAGAGCACGCCACUCCCUCGGACGACGACGAAGCCGCGGUCACAGGCACCAAGCGCCGCGCCUCGCGCGAAUCCUCCCCCGUUGACUACGCCCCUUCCUCCUCGUCCUCCUCUUCAUCCUCCUCCUCUUCCUCGUCCGCUCCCUCGCCCCCAACCGCCGCGUUCUCGCCCUCGCCCUACUCUUCUCCCGCCGACUCCCCCGCCGCCCAAGCCUUCGACGACGACGCCGACGCCGACGCCGAGCCCUCACGCAAGCGCGGGCGCGCGGCGACAUACGGCGGCGGCGCGUACCACUACGACCGCGAGCGCGCGGCGGCGGCGUCCGCGUGCGCGUUCGCCGGGUGCGGCGCGCCGCUGAGCGGGCGCAAGUCCGAGACGGCGAGCCACAUGCGCUCGCACUUUCAGGCCGCCGGGGGCGAGACGCUCUGCUGCCCGUGGACGGUCGAGGCCGAGGACGGCCACGGCGGAGGCGGCAGGGUGCCGUGCGGGAUGGCGUUCAAGGACAGCGCGAACUUUGGGCGGCACGUGAGCUCGAAGCACAUCAAGGCGGAGGAGUACCAGUGCAACCGCUGCGGGCGGCCGUUCGCGCGGCGGGACGCGGCGCUGCGGCACAUGAAGACGCUGUGCCGGACCGAGACGGGCGCGGCGCCGCCGAGGAGGCAGAAGAGGACGGGCGCGAAGAGCGGGGGCGAGGAGGUUGACGACGAGUGA